AUGCCUUCCACCAACGACCACCAAGACCACCCCCCAACGGCCUUCAAGAUCCUCACCGCCGCGCAAUGGGCCGCGUGGCAGCGCGCCGGCGCCUUCUCCGGCGCCGGCAUCGACCUCGCCGACGGCUACAUCCACCUCUCCACCGCCGCCACCGCGGGCGAGACGUACGCGCGGUACUUUGCCGAUCAGCACGACCCGGACUCCUUGGUCGUCGUCGAGGUCGAUUUGCGGCGCCUCGGGCAGCAGGGAACGGGAGCGGGGACGGGGGCCGAGGUGAAGUGGGAGGUGAGCAGGGGCGGGGCGCUGUUUCCGCACGUGUAUGGGGAGAUUCCGGUGGGGGCGGUGGGGAGGCGGUGGGAGGGGGGGGAGGUGGGGAGGGGGUUGUUUGAGGGGUUGGAGGCGGAGGCCGGGAGGGGGUAG